UUUAUUCGUUUCACUGUGGCAACAACGCCAUAAUGUUGGCAAUACUUUUAUUCCUGUCUAUAACAGCGUGUUUAGCUGGACCUUCAGAUAUAGUUCGGCCGUGCAAGUUUUCAAACACCCAAUGUUUGCGAGAAAUUUUCCGAUUGAACUCAGGAUGUAAUCCUAAUGUCCAAGGUUCAAUUCCCACCAAGUACACCAUACCAACGUUCGUGUUUCAUACCCCGUACUUCAAUUCAACAUAUAUAGAUAGGAACUUGAAAAUUGGAAAUAACAAUAAAUGCCAAAUCUCGGAAUUCUUCUAUAACACCAAAACGGACGUUCUGGUUAUCGCAAUAGACUGCCCAUUCCUUGCAUUCGAGUCGACCAGGAUACUCCUACAGCACCAUUCCUUGGCUGAAGACACCAGUUUUGAAUAUUAUUAUAAGGGGACCUAUCCUUUGGUUCGUCUAACGAUGAACAUACCCAAUGCAAUCAACAUGAACGUCUGCACAGCGUACACAUUUGCAGAUGUGACAGCGCUUCCGAUCUUUCAAAUCAAUCCGAAUGAUAAAAAAACGGCGAAUUUCCUGUCAAGAGAUCUGACACUGUUGAAUAUCUUCGAACGGGAGACGUUUUACGGCAGAGCAAGACAACUCAUGUUGAAAUAUAUAAAUUCUUAUAUCUGUGAUUUUGGUUGCAAAUAAUUACCAAAAUAAUAUUUAAAAGUUUAAUUCGUCUAAAUUGUAACAGGAUGUUUAGUAUGUAUUGUUUUUGGCGUAAAUAUAUUAUCU